GGAAGAGAUGGCCUCGGUGUGUGGCCCUGCGGCCUCCAGUCAGCCUGCCUUGCCCUCCGGACCCGCCGUCUUCAAGACCAUCCCCUAUGCGUUCAUGCUACCGGAGAUACUCUGCGGGACCUGGGUGUGGAUCCUUGUUGCUGCUACCUCCGUCUCCUUCCCGCUGCUGCAGGGAUGGGUGAUGUACGUGUCCCUCAGCUCCUGCCUCAUCUCCCUGCUGCUCCUCUUAAGCUACCUCUUGGGCUUUCACAAAAACAGCGAGAACUGGAAAGUGCUGGACAGUUUGUACCACGGCGCCACAGCCAUUCUGUACUUGAGCGCUGCUGUCUUGCAAGCCAACGCGACCAUCAGAUCUGAGUUAAGCCCCAACUCGCCGCUUUACUACCAGCUCAACAGCGCCGCAUCGUUCUUCGCCUUCAUCACGACCUUCCUGUACAUCCUCCACGCCUUCAGCAUCUACUACCAGUGAAGCCCAGCAGCGCCGGCUUCGCCUCUGCAGGACGAGGGCUUUCCCAGCGCGAGGGAUGCAGCUGUCUUCCACCAAGGUGUCCCUGCCCCGGCCCUGUCACCCACCCUGUGGGGACAGCGGUUGCUUUUUCACUUCAUUGAAGAAGGGAUUUUUGUACCGUGGUGUCGUGUCGGUGUGCUUGUGGGGACAUUUUGUGCCUUGCCCGUGGGCUACGCAGGGGGAGGGACUGGGUGCAGGCUCCAAGCCAGCCUCCCACUCUGACGUUCCGCCAAAUAUAGAUGACCAGG